AUGUUACAGGGGCAGACUGUUUUGUGUGACAAGGCUGUCAAGUUGACAAUAAGAUCUAGAUUAGGGUCCUUUGCUCGUACUAUGAAUUUUGUAGCUGUUGACAGGAUCACCCAGUCUCUGCCUUCUGCGUUUAUAGAUUUUGAUAACUGGAAGAUUCCAGAUCAUGUUGAUUUAGCGGACCCAAUGUUUAAUGUUCCAGGGUCAGUUGACAUGUUGAUAGGGGUGGAGUUAUAUUUCGAAGUGCUACAGCAAGGUUGCAUUCGUUUAGGGAACCACCUACCUAUUCUAAGAAAGAGCUGCUUUGGUUGGCUGAUCUCAGGGGUAUAUACUUCAAAAACUCAGGAAAAUGUGCAUGUUGGAUUUAUUUCUAAUGAAGAUCUGCAUAACAGUCUGACCAGGUUUUGGCAGUUGGAGGAGGUAUCCUCUAACUAUACAAUGACCGGGUCUGACAAGUUAUGUGAGGAUCAUUUUCUCUCUAAUGUUUCACGGCUUGAAAAUGGUCAGUUUGAAGUAGCUCUCCCUUUUGUAGAUGGUAAAAUGGAUAAACUAGGAUCAUCGUAUUUAGGUGCAAAACACAGGUUUUUGAACUUAGAGAGGCGUUUUUCUAAGGAUAGUAUCAUGUUUGCAGCAUAUUCACGGUUUGUGAAUGAAUACAUUGAACUAGGGCACGCUGAGCAGAUCUCACUUACUCAGGAUGAAGUGAUUCAAAAUAAUUUAUAUUUCUUGCCACAUCACCCUGUUGUGAAGGAUAAUAACUUCAAUAAGAUUAGAGUAGUUUUUGAUGCUUCGGCGAAAUCUUCCUCUGGUGUCUCAUUGAAUAAUAUUCUUCACACGGGCCCUAAAUUGCAGCAGGAUUUGUUUUCUAUCUUGGUUCGAUUUAGGUGCCAUCAGUUUGUUUUUGUGGCAGACAUUGUGAAAAUGUAUCGCCAAAUAAAGGUUAAGGAUACAGAUCAGUUAUAUCAGUUGCUCUUAUGGAGGGAGUCGCCCCAGGAAACCUUGAAGAUUUUCAAACUCACCACGGUAACAUAUGGCACAGCUAGUGCUCCGUACCUGGCAAUGCGCUGUUUGAAGAUGCUGGCGCAAAAUUAUGCGUCAACAUUUUCACAGGCAGCACAAGUGUUAGAUACGGACUGCUAUGUUGAUGAUAUCAUCACAGGUGCUGAUACUGCGGAUGAGUUGGUUAAGAUUCAAAGGGAAGUUGUACAGUUGUUAAAUGAAGGGGGGUUCUCCUUACAUAAAUGGUCAAGUAACUGUCGUAAAGUUUUACAAACUAUCCCAAAGGAAAGUCAAAGCUCUGCUAUGGCCUUGUUUUCUGAAGCAGAUACUGUUAAAACCUUAGGGCUUGCGUGGAAUCCUUCACAGGAUAUUUUUAAAAUAGCACAUAUUAAGGUUUCAGAAGCAGACAUUAGACAGGGUGUUGACACAAAACGAUCCGUAUUAUCAACAAUUGCACAGAUUUAUGACCCAAUUGGGCUCAUAUCUCCAAUAUCUGUAACUGCAAAGUUGAUAAUGCAGGAGUUGUGGAGGCAAAACCUUGGUUGGGAUGAGACUUUGUCACGAGAGUUACAAGAUAGGUGGAAUCUUUUUAAGGUUCAUGUCUCUGAUCUAGAGAAUCUCAGUAUUCCUCGAAACAUUUUUAAGUCGAUUCCGGUGACUAUUCAAUGUCACGGAUUCUCAGACGCUUUAUUGUAUGCAUAUGGUGCCUGCAUUUAUCUACGGGCAACAUACGCAGAUGGCACUUUGUCAUCAAGGUUACUUUGUUCAAAAUCGCAAGUAGCCCCAUUAAAAAAUGUGACGUUGCCUCGGCUAGAAUUAUCUGCGGCUUUGCUCUUAGCAAAGUUAUUUAGGCAGAUGAUGACGAUCACAAAAAUCCCAAUUUUGGAGUCGUUUCUAUGGUGUGACUCAAGCAUUGUAUUGGCGUAG